AUGCGUCAUAUUGGAUCUUCUCUUGUUGACCCAUACAGUGCAGUUGCGGGAGCUGCUGCUGCUUUGUAUGGCCCUCUUCAUGGAGGUGCCAAUGAAGCGGUGUUGAGGAUGUUGGAAGAAAUUGGAUCGAUCGAGAAAGUUCCCCAGUUUUUGGAAGAAGUGAAACAGAGAAAGAGAAAGCUAUUCGGUUUUGGACAUAGAAUAUACAAGAACUAUGAUCCUAGAGCAAAGAUUGUUAGAAAUAUUGCUUAUGAGGUGUUUGACGUGUGUGGAAAUGAGCCGCUCAUUGACGUGGCCAUUGAAUUAGAGAAAGCGGCUUUGGCUGAUGACUACUUUGUCAAGAGGAAGUUAUAUCCCAACGUUGAUUUCUACUCUGGACUAAUUUAUAAGGCUAUGGGAUUCCCGACUGACAUGUUCCCAGUGCUUUUCGCCAUUCCUCGUAUUGCUGGAUGGCUUGCUCACUGGAAAGAGUCAUUAGAGGAUAAUGAGUCUAAAAUUUGGCGUCCCAGGCAAGCAUACACAGGCCCACCUGUCAGGUCAUAUAUUCCGAUGGAAUCACGUGAAAAAAGUGGAGACACGACGUUUAUGGUUGCGCAUCAAUUCAGCAAGAGAAGUCUUGUUGCCACUUAUGAUGACAAACGCUCCGAGUCAAAGUUGUAA